CCUUGCAAAGGUAGGUGUUUACGAAUGAAAGACUAGGUGCCUCGCAUAUCACUGCAAGCUAAUAUUUACAUGACGGUCAUGUCUCAGUGCUUCUUCUUGUUCUCCUUCUUGCGCUUCUUGAUAACCAUGUUCUACAUGCCGCGAGAUUGUUACUGACACUUGAUUGUUUCAUCCCAACAUAAUAUGCUUGCAUAGUAGCAUACAAUCUAUCCAGCUUGGACUGUAUGACAAGUGACUGUGCUCCCACAUCAAGGUUCUGGCGGAGGAAAAGCCAUAUCCACCAUGAAGUUCAUUGGCAUUGUCGUGGUUAUACCAUGUUUCCUGUCAAUGGUCGCCGCGCAGGACGAUCCAUUGAGUGUUCUUGUCUCUGAAGCACAUUCAAUAUACACAGAAGCUACACAGAUCAUCUCUUCUGUCGUGUCAGCAGUGACAGCGGACCCUUCCGCGUCUUCUGUGUCAACCACAUCAGAGCCAUCCAGUUCCAGCGAAACGACUGCGCCGAGUACAAGUUCAGACACAUUCUCGAGCACGCCAUCAACCUCCUCUGCGACCACAUCCUCCUCUCCAUCGUCCUCACCUUCUCUUCCGGUAUCUACCACCUUCACUUCCUCGCCCUCAUCCUCAUCCAGAUCAUCUUCAAGUGUGUUGCAGCUAUCCUCAACAGAGCCAUCGCAUACAGCGACUUCCUUGUCAGUGUCGGCGCUCGGAACAUCCUCAGUGGUCGGCGCAACUGAAGAGACCAGCACAAGUCUCCCAGCAUCAAAAGGGUCUAACCAUGAUCACAACCUAGCGAUUAUCUUGGGAACCGUGCUAGGGGCUCUUGCUCUUGGACUUUUCAUCCUGGCGGUGUUAUUAUGCCGAAAACGCCGACAUGGCCAGUCGGCGCGCCACCGGACUCUCUCCCCAGGCGAUGACGAGGUUGAGAGCUGGAGGUUGAAUAGGCAGUCCGACAUUCCUGACAGCAAAACUUCUUCGCGCCUUGAGAUUGGCGCUUCGGGGUCUGCACCACUUAUGUCGGAACAUCCAGCAUUUCGUGGCUACGAUGGGCACGAGAACCCUUUCAUCCCAGUUCCCCCUCCACCCAGGAGGACGGCACCGAACUCCCGAGCCGGUCUGACAGACGGCAUGGUUGAGGGUGAUGAGCCCUUUCUCGAUGAAAAAGAAGUAGAGGCAGCCAGGCCAAUGAGUUGGCCAAAGGGCUUCACGACCAAUUCAUCCCCCAAGAAAAAUGCGGCUGUGGCUGGUCUUGCAGGUGCGGCCAUUGGAGCAGGCAUGAUGCAUCAUCAUCAUCAAAAAAGGAGAAGCGACGACGAGAAAACUCCAGUUCAGGAUGAGAAGGCCGUCGAACCUCAGGUCCCUCGUCAAAUUCAUCGGAAACCGGUGCCAAUCAACAGCGUGAACAACAGGGAAUCUUGGCCAGCUUCACCAGUGUCUCCUAUUGACCCAGUCGCUGAGACCGCGGCUCUAUCAAGAUUUUCAGCAAGAAACGAUCCUUCGAGCGAGCAACAUUAUGGCAAGAAUGCCGCCAGAGAUCUUGGAGCGAUUGAGACAGAAUAUAAUUCAGGCAAUCCUCAGCAAGAUCACCAUAAUGGGAAGACGGCAGCAGAGCUCACGGCAGGUACACUCGCAGCGACCGCCAUCGCACGUCACAGCGAGGACAAUCGAUCAGGAAACCAUGGCAAAGAAUGGACACAUCGCCGUACUCGGAGUCCGGCGACCAAUACAUUCCCAUCUCCACGGAGGAUUUCCAACGACUCCCACGGUUCCACGGCCUCAGAGAACCGCAAUUCUUAUAGCGAUGUCCUACCCAGUAAUCCUUACCAUGACGUCCUUGCUCCAGGAGCUGGUCUGGCAGAUGAUCCCGAGCGCCCCACGGCGAAUCCACCUUCGCAGCAAAUAGUCGCGCCCAUCCGGAGCCCGAGACGCGACAGCAACGGUGGUCCAGUAUUCAACGACCCCAACCGUCCAGCCGUCCCCAGUCCCUUGUCCAGCGAAGUCCGGCGCGACGACCCAUCUCGCUCACCACCGACGACGAGCGGCGACGGCGGCGGCGGCGACGGCGGCUUGAACGCUCUUCCAAGCCGUAGGUCCCGCGACAGCAGCCAAAGCAACGGCAAAAGUCGAAGCAGGAGCAGAUAUAGCUUCGAGUACGACACCACUCCUACGCCGUACGACACGUACCCGCCCGGUGCCGGCGCAGAACACUACGGCGGCUUCUUCUCGUCGGCGCCUCGGGUCGGCGACGGCGGCGAGGGCGUCACUCCGUCCGAGAAGAAGUCUGUCGUCGACAGUCGUCAGUAUCCUCCGCUCACGAAUGGCCGCCCCCGCCGCGAGAGUCGUGGAGGAGAACAACAAGACGAGUAUCCUCAAGAAAUAUCCAGGCGACGGCGCAGGGACAGUACACCUCCCCUCCCGCGAGACAACAACACCAGCUCAAUGUUUUCCUUGGACGGGAGUGAUUUCGAUCCCCGCCACGUCGACAUGGACUUUAGUUCCAACUGGCGUGUGAGUUCCGGGCUGCCGAACGGAUGGCAGAGACACGGUCGGCGCAGUUCGGGUCCUCGAUCGAACAACGAUGGUGGUGGUGGUGGUGGUGCUGCUGCUGCUGCUGCUGCCGCCGCGAGGCACAUGCGUGAUUCGGGUCCAGCUGGACUCGGUGGUGGUGGAGGCCCAUUUCAACAAGGACGGAGGUUAAGGGCCGCCGACCUUGCAGGAAGAGAUGGUAGGUAUACUCAAAUAGGAGGCCUAGGACAAGCGCUGUGAAGACGACCUCUAGGAAGAAAAAAGAAAAGAAAAGGAUGACCGAAAGAAGGCGAAGGGCACCAAGUAGUCUGGACACGACCUUCUCUUUUGACGAGUCACGAAAUUAUUCUUGGUCGGUUUGUGGUUGACAUCUACAAAUAGUAUAUAUAUUGUGUAUACCCCACGGUCCUUGUGAUCUUUUUUUUGUUGAUAGUGGAAUUGAAAACAACGAUUCGAG